AGGGAAGUGAGGCUCUUCCAGGUUCCCGUAUUUUCCUGUGGAGCUGCUCAGUGCCCGGCUUAGAGGACCAGGAAUGGGUAAUCACCAGCUGUACACUGGAGGCUGGAGCCGCUACACCGUGGCUCGCCUCGCUGCGAUUGGUGGUAAUGGCGACCAAGACGGCAGUGCGGCGGAAGCGGCACCAACCCCUUCCUCAGGUCGAUGCACCACCGCGUGACCUCCAGGCGGCUGCAGCUCCCGGACAAGCACUAGGUUACCACCUUGCUCAGCACCUGUGCCCAGAGCAUCCACAAGGCCUGCCUCUCGGCUGCCUAGCCAGGACUGCAGGGAUGGCCCGCAGCCUCAUCGGGGCCAAGGAUGCAUGCCUCCUGUCAGACACUUCUAGAUGUUGCCGUCCAUGGAGAGCCUGGAGUUAGACUCUUACAUUUAAAGAAAAAGUAACAAGCCUUAAAUUUAAAGAAAAACCUACAGACCUGGAGACCAGGAGCUCUCACAAAUGUAUUUUUACAUCUGCAAGAAAUUAACUAGUCAUCAAAUGCUUAGUAGCACAGAAAUUCUCAAAUGGUUGCGGGAAAUUUUGACCUGCAGGAAUAAAUUUCUUCUUUAAAAUAAGCAGGCAGAUAGAAGUUCAUGUCACUUUCUCCUUUUUUAUGGAGUAGGAUGUGAUACUCCUUCUAGUGGAAAUACCAGUCAAAUGUCCAUGGGUCAUGAAGUGUCACUACGUACUCCUGAACCUCUCUCCAGAAGGGAAAAGGGAACUCCUCUAUGGUCAGCUUCUUUUGUAAUUUUCCAGUAUCAUCUCGUGUGCACUAUUUGUUUUCUGAAUGAACUUUGGUAAAUUCCAUCCAGGAUAGCGCAGCAGGAUGCAGCGGAACCCCCCUGACUUGCUGACAAGCGCAGACCAAACUAGAAGUGGCCCUGUACGUGUGUCUGCGGAACCCUGACACUGAAGCUGUUCUGGUUGCCAUGUCCUGUUUCCGCCACCUCUGUGAGGAAGCAGAUACCCAGUGUGGGGUGGAUGAAGUGUCGGUGCGUAACCUCUUGCUCAACUCUAACACAUUCAUGGAGUUUGCCUGUCAGCAAUGUGAUGUCAACAGGCUUGGGAAGAUACACAUGCAAAAUGGGAACAAGCAACAAAACUAAUCCUUAGCUACCCAGAAGCCCAAAUGGAAGAUGGCCAGGCUGUUGAAAGCUUCACAAGACCAUUGUUAAGAGGCGAAUGUCCCAUGUGAGUGGAGGAGGACCCAUAGAUUUGUCUGACACAGACUCCCUACAGGCCUGGAUCAACAUGACUGGCUUCCUUUGUGCCCUUGGGGGAGUGUGCCUCCAGCAGAGAAGUAAUUCUGGCCUGGCAACCUAUAGCCCACCCGUGGGUCCGGUCAGUGAACAUAAGGGUUCCAUGAUUUCAGUGAUGUCCUCAGAGGGAAACGCAGAUACACCUGUCAGCAAAUACAUGGGUCAGCUGUUGGUCGUUAAUGGUGUGUAACCUUGAGAAAGUGGGACUUCAAAUAAGGACCAAUGAUAAGAACCUGGUGGGUCUAGAGUUGAGUCCUGCUCUUUAUCUGAUGCUAUUUAACAAAUUGAAGAAUGCCAUCAGCAAGUUUUUUGACUCCUAAGGACAGGUUUUAUUGACUGAUACCAAUACUCAAUUUGUAGAGCAAACCCUAGAUAUAAUGAAGAACUUGCUAGAUAAUCAUACUGAAGGCAGCUCUGAACAUCUAGAGCAAGCUAGCAUUGAAACAAUGAUGUUAAAUCUGGUCAGGUACGUUUGUGUGCUUGGGAAUAUGGUCCAUGCAAUUCAAAUAAAAACGAAACUGUGUCAGUUGGUUGAAGUAACGAUGGCAAGGAGAGAUGACCUCUCAUUUUGCCGAGAGAUGAAAUUUAGGAAUAAGAUGGUAGAAUACCUGACAGACUGGGUUAUGGGAACAUCAAACCAAGCAGCAGAUAAUGAUGUAAAAUGUCUUACAAGGCAUCAGGUACAUGAAAAAGAAGAGAUCAAGGCUUUGAAAACAUUAAGUAUUUUCUACCAAGCUGGGGCUUCCAAAGCUGGGAAUCCUAUUUUUUAUUAUGCUGCAUGGGGUAAGAAAUACUAUGUUUGGUGUCUCCUCCCAACAGAAUUUUUUAAAUGAUAGCAAUUAUA